UGUCGUGUCCAUUUUAUAUUUCCCGCCAUGACACUUCCCUGAGCGUUUAGUCUGUUCACGAUGUUGUCUAAUGGUUGAUAAUGAAUGUGUAGGGUAUUUAAAUGGAACAUGAAGAGGAUGUGGAACCUCCAUCGAAAUACAAAUUUGCAGUUUCUUCAGCAGUAAGAAUUUCUGCAUAAGCACAAUGUCGAAGCGUCGCUUGACAGAAGCUGACAACCAAGCCAAGAAAAAGCGUAGGCAUGAUGCUGGAGAACCAGACCCAUCCAAGGAGGAUGAAGAUGAUGAUAGUCCCAUCAACCAGUCACAGAACCCAGACUUCAAUACAAGCCCUGAAGCUGAAGUUGGCAUAAUCGAGAAAAUUAGUGUGAAGAAUUUCAUGUGUCACACUCGUUUGGAUGUCAACUUUGGUCCUCAUGUCAACUUCAUUGUUGGGAGGAAUGGAAGUGGGAAGAGUGCGGUGGUGGCAGCGCUGGUUGUUGGCCUGGGGGGUAAGGCCUCUGUAACCAGCAGGGGCAGUACAAUCAAGGGAUUCAUCAAGAGUGGGAAAAGCACUGGUGAGGUUCAGAUCAAGCUGCGGAACCGAGGCCCUGAUGCUUUCAGGCAUGAGAUGUAUGGGGACUCCAUAACUGUGCAGAGAAAGUUCACAUCAGAGGGGAGCAGUAAAUACCAGCUUCUCUCAAAAACUGGUGUAAUGGUGUCGGACAAGAGGGAGGAGUUGUUCCACCUCUUGGACCAGUUCAACAUUCAGGUGGACAAUCCUGUUGCCAUCCUCAAUCAGGAGACAAGUCGCAACUUCCUCAACUCCAAGAGCCCUCAGGAUAAGUACAAGUUUUUCUUGAAGGCCACGCAGCUUGAGACCAUGAAGCAUGACUACGCUAAAGCCAACGAGCAGAAGUCCAUCACUCUAGAGAUCAUCAGUCAGAAGGAGAGGACUCUGCCUACCCUGGAGAAGGAGGUCCUGGAGUGGGAGCACAAGUUCAAGAGUUUGGAUGCCAUUGAUGAAUUGAAGAAGAACGUCAAACAUCUGAAGAAUGAAAUGGCUUGGUCUUUGGUUGCUGCAAAAGAAAGGGGACUGGAGCCUAUCAAGAAGAAGCUUGACCAGGAGGACUCCCGGACUCCCAAGUAUGUCAAGAAGGUGGAGGAGGUGAAGGAGAACCUGGAGAAGUGUCAGCAGACACACAGACAGAUCCAGGACCAGAUCCUCGCCAUCAGUGAAGAGGUACAGAAGCUUGAACCACAGAGAAAACAGGCCAAGUCCAACAUGCAGCAGAAGAGGGAUGCAGCCAGACAGGCACAGAAUGAAGUGAACAAGACUGAGAAGGACCUGCGAACAAGUGUCCGAGAUCGGGACAUGGUGAAAGAAAGAAUUGAGGAGAUAAAGAAUAGUGCCCAGCAUGACUACGAGUCAGAGCGGCGGGCGCGUCAGGAGAAGAUUGACCAGCUGAUGGAGAAAUCAAGAGGUCUGGAGUCCCAGCAGAGAACCACGGAGCAUCAGAAGAACCAGUUCCGUGAUGCUGUCACCAAGUACACCAAUGACGGCUACACUAUCAGGCGAGAUGAACAGGGCAUACAGGACAAGCAGGACAGUGACAGGCAGCAGCUUAAGAUGUUGAUGGCUGCUCGCAGUGACAGACUCAAACGCUUUGGACAGUUCAUCCCCAACAUCACCAAGCGGAUAGAUGAGUUCCACAGGAAGGGAUAUUUCCAUGAGAGACCAAGAGGACCUCUAGGAUCGUGUUUCCAGCUGCGUGACCCGGAGUGGGCGCUGUCCGUGGAGAGCUGUCUGAAGGCCCUCCUCCAUGCCUUCUGCUGCACUGACCACCAUGACGAGAAGGUCCUCGAGGGCAUUUUUGAAAGGGAAAUCAAAGAUGGAAGACAUCCCUCCAUCAUCGUCAGCAGGUUCACUAAUCAAAUUCAUGACAUCUCCAGAUUUCGCGUCCAGAGUGAGCACCCCUGUAUUCUGGACAUGCUGAACAUAGAGGACACUGUGGUGGCCAACACCCUCAUCGAUCAGCGAUCUGUGGAGAACAUCAUCCUAAUAGCUGACAACAAAGAGGCAAGACGGGUGAUGCAGCAUUGCCCCCCUCGCAACUGCAAGCAGGCCUAUACCAAGGUGGGAGACGAGAUCUACUGCCAUCCGACAUUCAGGUAUUACUCUGCCAACGUGGACAAAGCUCGAUACCUGACGGCCAACGUUGAGGAGGAGAUAGCUCACUAUGAGGGGGAAAUUCAGUCCCUGCAGCGAGAGUUGGAUAACGUGCGGCAGCAACGAAACAAACUGACAGAAGAUAUUCGGCGAAACAAAAGUGAAGAAAAGAAAUGCAACACACAGCUGAUGAAGAUAGAAGAGGCCAUUCAGAACCUGCAGUUUGAGAUCAGUGAACUGAAGAAUGUGGAGGACCCAGCUCCAAUUGACAUCGCAACUCUGGAAGAUGAAGUUGCGACGUACGACGAGCAGAUCACCAAUCUGAAGGAGAAGCGCCAGGAAGUAAGCAAGAUCAGUUCAGAGCAGCAGCUUCAGCUGGUGGAGGUGGAGAAGGCCUAUCGGGAUGUGGAGGGGAAACUCAAGUCUCUCACUGACAGUGCUGACCCUCUCAAGGAAGAAGAUGGCCAUGCCCUGAAUGAGAUUGAGGUGGCGAAGAAUCACAAGAAGCAUUACGAGGGCAAGCUGAAAGAACACGAGAGAGUCGUCAACGAACUCCGCAAGGAUGUGAAUAACUACCAAACGGAACUUGAUGCAGACAUGGAGAAAGCCAAAGCCAUCUGCCCCGAGCGGAUCAAGACAAGACGGGUGCCCCAGAAUCUGGAGAGUGAGAUUAGACAGACAAUGAAGAGGAUUCAGACUGAGGAAAAGAGCCAUGGCAAUCCAGAUGAAAUCACCAGAAAAUAUCAUGAGACACAGCAGGCCUUCAGGAAAAUCCGCCGCGAAGUUAAUCAGCUGAAAAAAUUUAUAGAGGAACUUGAUAUCUCAAUAGGGACGAGGAUGUCAAGAUAUGUGUUUAUACGUCAGUCGUAUUCGUACCGAGUGAAAGUACUCUUUAUUGAACAUACCUCCAUGACUAAGUCCAUGAGAGGAUCUCUGUCUAUAAACCAUAAUACAGAAGAAAUAGUGUUGAAAGUGCAGCCAACAUCCAGUUCGGCAGAGGGGGCCAAGGAUCUAAAGUCUCUGUCUGGAGGCGAGCGAUCCUUCUCCACCGUGUGUUUCAUCCUGGCAUUGUGGGAUGCUAUGGAGUCCCCCUUCCGAUGCCUUGACGAGUUCGACGUUUUCAUGGACAUGGUGAACAGGCGGAUCUCCAUGGAUAUGAUGAUGGAGGUGGCUCGGGUGCAGACAGGGCGGCAGUUCAUCUUCCUCACUCCACAAGAUAUGAGUCAACUACACAUUGGCAUAGAUUCACGUAUUUUCCGUAUGCCGGACCCUGACCGAGGUCAAGGAGUGCUUCCCUUCGCCGAAGGUCAGGCUGAAGAGGAAGAAGCCUAGUGCCAACAGUAUGCCAGACACAUGUCUAGACGCCUAGUGCCAACAGUGUGCCAGACACCUAGAGCCGGACGCCUGUCUCGACGCAUAGUACCAACAGUGUGCCAGACGCCUAGUGCCAACAGUAUGCCAGACGCCUAGUGCCAACAGUAUGCCAGACGCCAGGUGCCAGAUAGUGUGCCAGACACCAAGACGUGCUAACUCUGUGCCAGACUGCAAGUGAGUUGUGCCAGACAGAGAGAAAUGUGUAUGUUAGACAUCAACUCUACCAACCUUUCCAUGUCAGGAUUGUGGUGUCCAGAAUUUUCAAAUACUGUGAUUGGUUGAAGUAAAAGUAGGUGCAGUCUGCUGGAUUUGGCUUUCAGCAGUGGUAUGAUAUAGUUAACCCUGAUGGGUUGAACAGAUGGGCAAUAUUUGGAGAUUCAUGUCGUCUUUUGUUUCCAUGGAUUCAGUGUUCAUCUAACACUUUUGUUUGUUAUUUUUGCAACUUGUCUUGCAUUUUCAUUUUAACAUACAUACUUUAAUGAUUGUCAAACAAUUAUUUUGUGGUGUUAUUUUACCGGGCAAAGCCUGCUUUUUGUGCCAAUUGUCUCCAGCUGUGACUAAAACGUCCCUGGUCUUGCAUACCUCUACCGUCUUUAGUCUCCUUUCUAUCUCUAGGGGAGAACCCCUUACUAUCUUUGCCCGUGGGACCUGUUAUAUUGUAAGGGUUAGCUUUCUCAAGCGAAUAUUUCCAAAUGUAAUCUGGGGUUAAUACGUAUUUUUAUCAAGUUUUGUUCCACAGGGAUGUCCGCUCAAAACAUAAUUGAUUGUUAAGGUGUAUUGGCUUCAACACUCAGUUGUUUACACUAGUACCAUGUUCAUUAGGCAGAACUAGCACUGAUUAAUAGGUCUUCAUAACCCAUGCAUGCUUUCGUUGAUUGAUGCUCAUGAUGUCAAUCACUGAAUUGUCUGGUCCAGACUCGAUUAUUUACAGACCGCCAUCAUAUAGCUGAAAUAAUUCUGAGUUUGGCAUUAAACAACAAUCAAACAAACAAACCAUUCCUGCACCGCCCUUCAUCAAUGCUAAGGCCACACUUUUUUAAUUUUAUGUUUCACAGAUUUAUUCCAGCUUCUCCACGCAAGGUCGGUCGAAAAAAAAUAAAUGUCAAUCAUUUAUGUCAUUCUGCCAUUGAGGCUGCAGAUGGUCACUGAUAAGGAUGUAGACAUGGAAUUUAUGUAACAUGUUAUAUUGCAUAAGAGGGUCUAUAUUAGGUAAAUAUUUUUAUGUUUAAUAUAUUUCUUAAACCAGCUUCUUUUUAGUGGAGGCGGCAAGACCGUGAAACGAAAAAUACAAAAUGUGUGGCCGUAUUGGAGUUAGAAAGGUUGCCCCUGUAAGGUCAAUACUCCAGUGUGUGUUUAAUGUCCACUACACAGGAAUGUGAAGCAGUGUGUGCUGCAAUAGCAGGAAUUGUCCAUCCACAAGUGCUGGAAUACUACCGUGUUAACUUACUUCAUCCCUGAACUUCCUACAUGUGAGACAAAUACUAACAGACGUGAAGAGAUCAUUGCAUCAAUUCCCUGCUAUUUUUGAGAAUACGUUGCAGUACCUUGCUCUGUUCAGGGAUAUUCUAAGUGACCUGGCCGCAUUCCACAAAGUGAUCUUGCUUUGUGAGCUACGACUACCAUAAGCCUACGUUAAAGUAUGGGGCUACGAUCAUCUUUGCACAACGGGGCCUGGCAGGCCACAAGCUACAUAAUAUGAUUGUAACAGGCAGUUUAUGCAAAAACUUCAUCUAACAUCUUCAUCAAGUGGUUCUGGACCCAAAAAUCUUCAGAAUUAAGACUUAUUCAUUGUUCGUUUUAAGGGCCAAGUUUGUGUCUUGUGGCUCAGACAUCAGACAAUCAGUGCCUUCAGAACGGAGUGUAUGACUGUCAACAACUGUGUCCUGGAGAACUUGCACUGUUUUCACAGUAUGUUCGUGAGUUGAUUGUUAUGUGUCCAGUGUGGAUGAAUGAGUGUGUUCAUGGAUAAAUAUAUUAAAAAUUGUCGGAAAUA